AUGUUCUGCUACACACUGAUUACAUCGAUAUUUUUCAAUAUUUUUCUUGUCGAUUUAGUUAUUUGUGAUGGCCUUUUCUACCUUCAACGAAUUCCAUCAUCCUGUGUUGAAACUACUGUUAAUAUAACAACGGAUAACACGAUCAGUGACAAUUGUUUUAUUUUUUCAUGGCAACAAAUCACAAAUUUAUCAACCAGUUAUACAACUUAUCAAAAUCCAAAAACAAAUCAAACAUUUUAUGCACAGAUUGCUGCACUAACUGUUUUAGGAAGUAUAGAUAAUUAUGAUUUAGAUUACCAUUGUCCACCAACAGGUUACAAUGGUGUUUCAUCUGGAUGUUCUACGUCAAAUGAUACACAUUUAGUCGUCUUACAUAUAAAUGCUUUGGAUAAUAAAUUAUAUUUCAUUAAUGUAAUUCUUUCUGGAACACCAUUUCCGUCACCAUCAUCUCUUGUUGACAAUCAACCUCCAUUUGGUAUUGCAUGGCAUGUUUUCGAUGGAGGAAUUGUCACUCAAUCAACAGGCUAUUUGAGAAUUUGUAAAAAAAAUAAUAGCACUCGAUGUCCCAAUGUGAACGGCAGCACACACGCAUUACCGUAUCCAUUAACAAGUAAUACUGGUUAUGGAAUAUUUGGGAUAAAAAAAUAUGGAUUUGUUACAAAUUCAGUAUGGAUUGCCGACGACGUAAAUCAAAUACUUAUUACUAGUGCAGGCACUACAUAUUUUUAUUUUAAUGCUACUGGUUUUUUCGUUUAUGAUUAUAAAUCAAAUACAUGUACAUGGUCACCAUCAUGCAAUUAUCAAUGCGAACUUUAUAAUUAUAAUUCUCGAUUUUUGGAUUAUGCUGGUGAAUGGAUUAUUACACAGAAAUGGGGCGUUGAAAGCAUAAAACCUGUUGUUGCACAAGCGUGGAUUGGAAAUGCUAUUGAUGCGGCUGGUGUUUUUCCUAUUAUCAUGUAUGUUGACAACGCAACUGUUCAUUAUAUUGGUUUAGAUAAACUCGAUCCUAACCCAGCUCCGAAUAUAGGUGCUACAUAUUGGUAUCUUGCACAUGAUGAUACAAUUACUGGUGAUAGUGUUUUAAAUUUUCAUCCAAGUGUUGCUGAUGUUGGUUGUGUCAAGCAACUAAGUGAAUGGACUGGACCAAUCAAUGGUUGUGAAAUAAUUAUGAGACUCAACAAUAUUCGAAAGAUGCUUCCUCUUACCUUUAUAUUUCUAUACCUAUUUGCCUUCUAA